UACGUUUGUAUCUUCGCAUUACACUACAAAAGUUAAGACUUGCGAGAGUUUGUAAUAUUUUUGGUUACCGUAGCUAAUGCUAUGUUGACAAAGAUGGAGGAGUUCGAAACUAGUGACGAUGCACGCAAAACUGAUGUAACAAGUACCAGCGGUGAAAACUCCAUGGUUGCCAAAACUCCAAAAUCCAGGAAAUCAGAGUUCAGCAGCUUGCUCCAAUCAAUGAAAUUAGAUAUGGAUGCGUCGCACGAUGAUGUUGACUAUAACGUAACUGUACGAAAAAGGAAAAGAAGAGUUUCAAAUUAUGUAUCUGUACCUAGUAACCAACCUGAUACAUUGUCAACUCCUCUAAAGCUAUUCACACCAGAUCCUGAAAUAGAAGAUUUGGUUAGUUGCGUUAAAGCUGGAAAUGAGUGCAGCCCGAAACUCAUUAUGCGACCAAAUGAAAAAGAGCAUGCGGAAUCAACACAGGCACACAAAAGGAGACGGCUGUCUAUGCCAAUUCAAUCGUUACAUUCAAGCAAUUUUGAUCCAAUGAAUCUCUUUACCGAAUCUCCACUAGUUGCUGACAAAUUUAUUCAAAGGAAAAUUAAAAGAAAGCGACGUUCAUUGAUGUUACCGCCAAGAAGUAGCGGAAACGUUCCAAAACCAAAAAAUAUACCUUUUAUUCAACCACCUUGGAAUUCCAAUAAACGACAACUUUUAAACGGUCACAAUAAACAAGAUAAUUUGAAGGAAUCAAAAAUACCAGUUUCAAAAUCAUCUUCUUUGUUUCAAAAUGGUUUAGAACACAGCAACAAAACGACCGCACCUAUUUCAACAAAGAAAGCCUUGAAAUUAACGUCGGAAGAUAAAUUCAAGAAAAAGCUGCAAAAUAACAUUAAAAUAUCAAGUCGUAACUCUUCACAGAGAUGUCAAAUCAAGCUCACAAAAGUUAAUCACAGUAGAAGUGUGGUCAUUCCAAAUGGAUAUAAUAACGAAGACGUACUGAAACAAAAAAUUGGCAACGCUUUUAUAUCAUCGAAAGACGGAUCUACAACAGAUGACAGUAACAAUAUUUUUACUGGACCUAUAAAACCAAAAGACAGCACAGAUAAAUUAAUUUCAGGUAUCAGCAACAAGCCUGCAUUCUGUGACGAUAUUCCCAAUCAUAUAAAUGAUUCUGAAUCUAUCAACGGAUCAUUAUUUUAUACUGAAGGAAAUAAUCAGACUGAUAUUUUUUAUAAUAAAGUUGAUUUAAAUCCAAAAAGAUAUAAAAAGAAGAGUUCGGCUGUAACUUGUACUGAUAAAUGCAAACCUAUAUCUACAAGUAAUAUUCAACUUGACAACACAUUUGAGGAACAUACUGAAAAAGAUAUAGUACCAGAUUCACUUGAAUUAAAUGAAACUUGUUCAAAUGGCUAUAUUUUAUCACGGAAAGAUAGCAAACAAAAGUUUUCAUCCAAUUUGGAAUUACAACAAAAUUGUGAUUUUGAAACCAAGAAGCUAUCACAAAACCUGUUUAAUGAUAAAAUAGCAUCAGAUUUAUCCGUUUCGUUCCCACCAGAAACAAUCGAAAAGCAAAAUAGCAAAAUGGAUGAAUGUAGCACAGAAGAUCAUGUGGAAUGUACAUUAAGUGAAAACCGAAAAGAGAUUGUUCAAAUUUCAUCAAUAGAAAAUGAAACAAUUUUUCAUCCUUCUGAUGAAAUCGGAAAAGAAUUCCAAGUCCAUUUUCAUACUAAAGUCUUGAACAUGGAAAAGGUGGAAAAUGAUUGCCCUAAUAACAACAUCCCAGCAUCUGAGAGCAAUUACCAUUCUUCCACUGUUACAAGCCAACCUCGCAUAUGCAGUAUGUUUUUCACUAAAUUAGAUAUGAGAUCGGACACUGAAUUUGAGAAUGAUGAUCUGGAUAUUGCGCAAGAAUAUUCGGAAUAUGAAACUAUUUUUAUCAGUGGUGAUAAUAAUAGAGAUAACGAUAAAAUCAGGACUGAUAAGGUUGAAUCUCCAGAAUCAAUAGAAGAAGAAGCGACCACUCCCAAGCGACAAGACGGUGAUGAUUUUGAAAUGCCAACCGUUACAAGAAAAACAAGAUCGAAAAAAAGAAUCAUAAAUAAUUUACCAAAGUUGCAGGUACGGCACACACCAAUGGGUUUACCGAAGCCAUUACGAGAAAAGAAAGAAAAGUUUUCAAUAGAAGAAAUAUAUUUAAACAAAAAUUUUAAAACGCCAACUGAGAAAAAAUGGGAGACUAUUUUUGAAUAUCCAAAGAAAAAUAAAGAUGGCACUAUAAGUAAUUAUGAAAAAAGGAAAAAGAGAAGGCUUUGUUAUUUCACGACUGAUCCGAGUCUAAGGAAGAAGAAUUGGAAGAAAAACAAAGUAAAGACCAACAAGAGAAAGAAAAAUCUACAAAACAUUGACGCUGAUAAAAUGUUAGCGGAAAAACUUAUUAAUUUAGAUCUCGCUUUAAAACUUGCGGAUUUAUCACCAUAAUAUAUUCUUUGUUCGAUCUGGAUGGAAAAUGGAUGUCGAUGCGGUAUUAGGAAAUUUCCAUCCUGACAAAAUUCAACCUUAACCUCUAUUAAAAUACUUGAUUACCUAAUUAUAUCAUAUUGUUAUUUUCCCGGCAUUGUUUGUUCACAGCAAAUAGCGAAUAUGUUUGACAAAACAAGAUAUAACUUUAUCAAACAAUGAAUUCUAAGUUGGACUAUAUUCUGAUGAAAACUCACAAAUAACUUGCUAUUUCAUGGUAAGAGACUAGGUUAUUCUUUUUUGCAUUCAUGAUAUAGUGUAUUAUACCAGUUUCUAUGUUCUGAAAUAGUUCUAGCAUUCCUGUGAUAUUCCUUUUCUUUCGUUUCCACGGUGCAUGCUAAACAGAAAAUUUAUUAUUUUUUCUAUGGAUGGCUAAAUCCUAUUAUCUUAUUUUAAAGGAGUUCUUAUGUUCCUAAUAUUUUUUUUAAUAUAUCAAUAUAUUUCAAAAUUGGAAACCUUAACAGUUUUGAGUCCAGCUACCACAAAACUGUAUAUGAGCUGAUGCUUAUGGUAGUGGUCAUACCAAAAAACCUCAAUGUAUAUGGAGUUAGAGGCCCAACUAGGCAAAGAAUGUAUUAAACAACCACCCCAGCUCUGACAAAAACCUGACUUAACCGACAAUAUAACUAGAUUUCAACAAUGAGCAAUGAAGCGUUGAUUUACCAUGAAAAGUGGCAACACAUAUCAUCUUCUCUUGUUUCGAAUGUGUAAUUUAGUUUUUAAUUUUUUUUUCAGCACAAUGCCUGGUUCAAGUUUUUAUAUUAGCGCAGUUUUCCACAGCGGGACCCUAUUAUAGAUGGAAUCAUAAGACGUAAGAUAUGUUUUCCGUGAGAAUCCAUACUUAAUAUAUCAUCCCCUUCUGAAUGAAACAGCUGAAAUUACUUCAGAAACUACAGUUUUAUUGUUAACUAUCUAACUUGCUUGUAAAACCAUCUAUCAGGCCUUUUAAUUUUAUGAUUUAUUACAAAUGUCUUAUGGAGCAAUUUUAUGUUAAGUGAUUUUCAGUGUUUGAAGAUCUGCCUUGAAUAUGUCCUGUGUAUGCGUAUUUUAUCUUACUUUUUUUCUUUGCUCACAGUUUCAUUGUUGCUAUUAUAUUCAUUAUGCACAA